AAAAUCAACACGAUCUCCACAGAUCUGAAGUAUGUGUGGCGCUUUCUGGAGACUGGAACGGUAACUGAUCCCAGGUCAGGUCUGUGAGCACAUGAAGGUUUAUGUUUUGCCAAAAAGGGAUGAGAGCAAUUUCCGUUCCUCACUUGGAUCCUCCAGGCAACUGCUGCUUUGCCACAUACAGACACAUGCUAUAAACAAAAGGUUGGUUCAGACCACACGACGGUUUAGCAGUCCCCGCUUCCUCAUCGAGAGUCGAGGCAGAGCGAGCGAGCAAGAGUGAGCUUCCUGUAACGUCUCUGAGUCUCUGGUCAAUUAGUUUACUCACAUCACUCUUCACUGUGGAUUCACCCUGCAUGGAAACACAGCAGCCUCGACGUAUCCUGAUGGGAGCUCUGUGGUAGAUCUGCUCUGACGGACGACGGGAGGUUCUCUCCAAACACCGGACCUGUCUGGACACAAAACAAACAUCAGACCUGUUCAGUUAUCAACUUCCUCAGAGAAGAGCUGCCAUGCUGUUUUCACCCAGUUAGACUUGCAAUUGUGUGUUUGGGAUAUACAACCAUGCUGCAGCAGUCAGAGCUCAUCUUUGACUUUGCCAGUGACCACAUUAACAUGUCACAGUUGGUCAGUCACUCAGAUUACCCUGCGGUGAUUGUGGAGCAGGUUCCUCAUCCACACCUGCUCUCAUAUACAGGACUAACGUAUGAACAGCCACACACAGAAGAGGAUUACCAGAGGAUGCUCAAAGUGGAGCCAUGUGAAAGUGGAGAAGAAGAGACCAUGGAGACGCUUGUUGCUGCUGACUCGCUUCUCAACAUGGACUGUUCUGACACCCUCUCCCUGGAACACUAUUCCCAGACCUUCCUACCAUCACUGGGUGAUGUCAUCACAGCUCCUGUUACCCAGGUGACGGUGUCAGCAGAGGGGAUAGUGGGACCUGUUGACCAGUCACAUUGGCACUCGUUGCACACAAAGAAGACUGCAGCACAGCUUCAGACCAGAAAGAGAGGUCAAAAACGUCGACAUCGCAGGGCAGAUUCUCCCACACCAGACAUCAUAGUGAAAAAGGACAAAUACAACAAAGGAGGAAACACGCUGUACCUGUGGCAGUUCCUCAUGGAGUUGCUACAGGAUCGACAGGUCUGUCCCCGCUACAUCAAAUGGACCAAUCCCCACGCAGGCAUCUUCAAGCUGGUUAACUCGAAGGCCGUGGCUCGACUCUGGGGCAAACACAAGAACAAGCCAGAUAUGAAUUAUGAGACUAUGGGCAGAGCUCUCAGGUAUUACUACCAGAGGGGGAUACUCAAUAAGGUGGAAGGCCAGCGUCUUGUGUAUCAGUUCACCUCUCUGCCAAAAGACAUGAUUUAUAUCACGGACGGAGACAGCACCAAAGAAGGAGAAGAAGACGAUGAGGAUCACUACGACAAUAGUGGCAACGAUGAAGGUGUGAGUGAUGACACCGAUGACUGCGCGAUAUCCUCUAGUGACCAAUCGGUGGAGGAGGAAGAUUUCCCACCACCACAAAAGAAGAUGUCAUCUAGUAGCUCUGUGCGAGCCCCAGCCGCUCCGCGGACCAGGCCGGCGCCCAGGCCUCCAGGCCAGCGUGAAACUGUCCUGCGGCCAACCAGCAAAAGCCUGAUCCAGGAGCAGCACUUACCCAUAGUGUCUGCUGAGAUGCUGCGGACCCUCCAGAACCUGGAGAAGGUCCAGUCCCUGCAUCCCGCCGGUCACGCCUCAGUCUUUAAAACGGCUCAGCUGCUGGGGAGCCUGUACGAACGUCAGGCCGCCGCUGUGGUGGCGGUCGACAUCAUGGGUGCACCCGACAUGCACGAUGAAAAGUCCCACCAAGGGUAGAAAAAGUUCACACGUAGAGACUUCACAGCUGGUGCCUUUCACUAGCUCUGACCAAUAGAACAGAGCAGCCCACAACCAAAAACAUGCACAUACACUCCACUGUCUCAGGUCCAGUUACAGAGCUGCUCUUGGCUGCGGCAUCGCGUUCACACCAGGGCCUUUAUAUCAUACGUGUGUAAGAGCAGAGAUCUUGAUCUAGGAUUCAUUUUGUAUUUCAGAUUUUUUUAUUCAAAGGUAACAAAGAUAAUGCUAGAUCAGUCCUUCCUUACUGGCGUUUGAGUUUAGAGGAAAUUGGCAGCGAUCAGUAGUUUGACUUCUCGGUAGACAUGCAGACUUUAAAAGCUCAUGUCUUUAAUCUCAGCCUUUUGUUAUUCUCUGUACAAGACACCAAAGACAGACAUGCACUGGAAUCUUCAGUCUCUCUGCAGAAACACGCGCUGCUUGCACGUGGGCUCCACUGUCAUGGAGCUAAUUACCUGAUCUGUGCACACUGUGCCCUCCGUCUCUCUGCCUUCUUCUUUUUUUUCUUCUUACCGUCACUUGCUGAAUAAUUUCUCUGCCUUGAUGCACUAAAGUUUACCGCUGCUGUAUGUUUCUUCUCUUAAGUGCCUGAAGAUCUCAGACCACCCUCUCCCCCCCGCUUCCGCUGUUCCUGGAAAAUCGUGAGGUUGUUGAGGGAAAACAUUCCAUAUUAUUGUAUAUUAUUUUUUAAGAUUACUGAAUUAUGUUUGUAUUGUGAAAUGUUGAAAAACAAGGGAUCACUGUUAUUUCUAGAAUAGGAAUUUAGCACUGCUGCUGUUUAUAGCUGAUGUAUGUUCAGUGGACCUCGCCUUUUGUUGACAAUCACCAAAGAAAUUAUGUCAUAGCCUUACUUAGCUACAGCGCUUCAUGUAGUGUAGCGUCUAUGCCACGCACAUAUUCCCUUUAGUUACCACGCAUAACAUAAAGUACAGCAUAUGAGUGCUUACAUGGACUUCUAAAGCAUAUCUUUGUAUUGUGUGUUAUAUACUGUAUGUUUGUGAACAUGCUUGACUUUGUGCCUUGUUUCCAUUUUCUCCCUCAGGUUUGUUUAAUUUGUUUUGCUGCAAAGACUCUAUGCACUCUAUGCAAGUUAGUAAGUAAAACAACCGGCCCUUUAUAAAGAAGUAAUGCUGAGUUCAGCAUUUUGUCUUCACUUGAUCUUGCUUUAGCCUCAGAAAUCCAGACUACAAAGUUCUCUUCACUCCAAAUGCAAAACUGUUGGGUAAGACUUUUAUGCUGGCAUCUGUGAGGCUAAACUUGGUUUGGAGAUGUUUCAAACUGUGCCUUUGCCCCUCCCUGGAACCCCUUAUGCAAAAGUGCUUUUCACUUAAUGACUGAGAUUUAUUUUUUAUUUUGGAAUCCUCCUCACUUUGCCUUAUCUGGAGCUCCCUUGAGAUUUUUACGUUUUACUGAUUACAGAUUUGUGAGCUUGUAGCAGAGGGAGAGGUGGAUUUUUUGUUGCUGUUCUUUGUAUGUUUGCCUUCACACAGUCUCGAGGUGUUGAAAAGAGAAGAAAAGAAAAUAAACUUAAUUUUGUCAGUGUGAAA